AUGGAAGGGGAGUCACCCAAUCUUCCUUACGAGAUCAUCUUCAACAUACUCUCAAGAUUAUCAGUCAAGCUUCUCUGUCGUUUCAAAUCCGUUUCCAACCCAUGGCUUUCUCUAAUCACCAAUCCCCACUUCGUCAAAGCUCACCUCAACCAAUCCACAAAGGACAACGACACCAGUACACAGAAGCUAAUUCUCACCUCUCGCACUUCUCCCUCCGUCUAUUCCUUAGACCACAAAGCACCCGCACCGGGCCAAACCCUAGCCGAGCUCGAAAUGCCCAGUCAAUCUCGUGCUGAAAUUUUGGGUUCUUACAAUGGAAUUGUGCUUUUACGUUUAGGUGCUGAAUUAUGUUUAUCGAACCCAACAAUCAGAAUGUAUAAGAAAUUUUCACCACCUGACUACCCAGAUGGAAUUGUAAUCUACGGGCUUGGUUAUAACCUCGUUGUUGAUGAUUUCGUGGUGGUUAGGGCUAUUAGGCCUUUAGUUGAUGCCCCUUAUGUUGUUCAUGUGUUUUCUUCUAAACCUGGUUCAUGGAAGAGGAUUGGAGACUUUGGUUACGAGAUUUAUCAUGAUGGGCCGGGAGCUACUCUGAAUGGGGCACCACAUUGGGUUGUGAGUCGUGGCACCGAUAGUAGUUUUCUUGCUUCCGAGGUGAUCGUAUGGUUUGAUGCUUUUGAGGAGAAAUUCAGGGAGGUGCCCCGGCCUACUGAUGAAGGUCAUGAUAGACUUAUUGAGUUGAGGGUUCUGGGUGGAUGGUUGUGUGUGGUUCAGAAGGAUCAGCAGUAUGAGAGCCUUGCACAUGUUUGGGUGAUGACGGAAUACAGAGUGAAGGAAUCUUGGACCAAGCAGCUCAGUGUACCAUAUGGGUUAGGAGAGUUCUGUAUGCCUUUGUGUUAUGAAAAGGUUGGAGAUGUUGUAAUGGUGGUUAAUUCGGAAAUGUUACGCAUAUUCAACAUGAAAAAACUUAUGUUCAAUGAGAUUGUGAUCCCUCAUCGUUGCAAGUUUGAUGCGACUUUGUUUGUGGAAAGUCUUGUCUCACCUCAUGGUGGCCGUGGGACUUCAUGA